UCUGCUCACAGGGCUUCCUGCACCUAACUGCUCAGCAAGGCAGGUUCAGGCAGCACUGGCUCAGCCCAUGUGAGAUGCUUCCUCCCAAUCACAGACCACUGGCCCCUGGACGCGAGGCUCAGGGAGUAGCUGCAGGGUAGAAAAGCACCUUGGGCUGUUGAGGGUUGCAGAGAGGACUGGUGCUGCACCAGAAGGAAGAGGAGGAAGCUGAGACCGCUCUUCUCCUGAAUUGUGCCUUCAGGCUCUGAGAAAUCCUGAAGAUGGCCAAAGAUGAUUCCACUGUUCGCUGCUUCCAAGGCCUGCUGAUUUUUGGACAUGUGAUUGUUGGUAUGUGUGGCAUUGCCCUGACUGCUGAGUGCAUCUUCUUUGUGUCCGACCAGCAUAGUCUCUAUCCCCUGCUUGAAGCCACCAACAAUGAUGACAUCUUUGGGGCUGCCUGGAUUGGCAUGUUUGUGGGCAUCUGCCUCUUCUGCCUAUCUGUCCUAGCCAUCGUUGGGAUCAUGAAAUCCAGCAGGAAACUUCUCCUGGCGUAUUUCAUUCUGAUGUUUAUAGUAUACGGCUUUGAAGUGGCAUCUUGUAUCACAGCAGCAACACACAGAGACUUUUUCACACCCAACCUCUUCCUGAAGCAGAUGCUGGUGAGAUAUCAAAACAACAGCCCUCCAACCAAUGACGAUCAAUGGAAAAACAAUGGUGUCACCAGAACCUGGAACAGGCUCAUGCUGCAGGACCAUUGCUGUGGUGUAAACGGACCAUCUGACUGGCAGAAAUACACAUCUGCCUUCCGGGCAGAGAAUAACGACGCAGACUACCCCUGGCCUCGGCAGUGCUGUGUGAUGAACAACCUUAAAGAACCGAUGAACCUGGAGGCUUGCAAGCUGGGUGUGCCUGGUUAUUACCACAAUCAGGGCUGCUAUGAACUGAUCUCUGGACCAAUGAAUCGCCAUGCUUGGGGUGUUGCCUGGUUUGGAUUUGCCAUUCUCUGCUGGACUUUUUGGGUUCUCUUGGGUACCAUGUUCUACUGGAGCAGAAUUGAAUAUUGAGGAUGAAGUGUGACCACCAUACUGCCUUGCCCUGUGGAGUCUGGAUUUGGUGCUGGAACUUUCUCCUAACAGUCCACACUUGUGCCUCGCAGUAACUUGCACAUCUUCCUCACAUCACCGAGACAGAGCACCUGGGGCUGCUUGAGGCUUCCUGGCUCUUAUGGUUCUCAGGAGUGUAUUUUUCAUGCUAGUGUAACAGUCUGUUCAUAUUUGUGGACUACAAGACAGAAAGAAUUUGGAAAGUAGUGACUACUGUCAUCCUGGGUUUAUUUGGGGGGGUGGGCAUCAAGAUACUCAAAGGAACUUGUAUUGUCAUAGUAAGCCAAGUCUGUACUGUAUCUCAUGAGCAAAUCUGCCCAUAUACCUCACUGAUUUCUAAAAAAAAAAAUUCCAACACUUCCAUUUAUCUCAGUACUUGCCAGAUGAGGGAGGGAAGAAUGCACAAAUGUAGCUUUAGCCUUUUAUUCUAUGGUUUCUGUCUAAUGAGAUUCCAGCAAUUCUCUUGAUACUGCAUUUAGAUCCUUUUAUUCUCCAGAGGAAGCCCUCGUCUUUCAUUAAAAAUAGUUCAACCCUCCUCUUGUUGCUUGCAGAACCAUUUAUGUUUCAUAGUCUCAACUCACCAUUCAUUAAAAGUAUAUGGAGCUGGGCACGAUGGCUGGUGCGUAUAACAUCAGCAUUCUGGGAGACUGAAGCAGAAGGAUCGCAAGCCUAACCCCUGCAAUUCAGAACUUAGGGAGACCCUUUCCUAAAAUAAAAUAAAAAGAUCAGGGGCUAUAAUUUUAUGUGAAGGCCCUUGGUUCAUCCCCAGGGACACACACACACACACACACACACACACACACACAAAAGACAAGAAAAAGUGUGUACUUGGGGACACAAAAGAAGACUAUUAUAUAUUUAUUUGGUCGUUGCCCAGAAUUGUCUUGACUUGGAACAUCUUUCAGAUGCUGGCGGCCAUCGGCCGGUCCCAGAUGCUGGCGGCCUUGGAACAUCUUUCAAAUAACCAAAGUGUAUACCAGCUUUUAAAAUGGGUGGUUUAUGAGAACUUUUGUUUGCUGUCAAAAUAUUUCUCUUCUAUACUAUGUUUCCAUUUUUGGUCCCAGAGCAAGUUCUUAUAACUCAACAUUUGCUUGCUGACUCUUAUAAAUAAAGACGGCUUUAAAAUAUGUUCA